GCUUUAUCACGUGACUUAACGACCAUCAGGUAUUUAGAUCAGGUGGACAUGACGAUUUAGACUUGUUUUCAGUGUAGUUUUCGUUUGUGUUUUUUUUUUUGUGAAAGUGUGUGCAUAACAUCGGUUAAUGAUAUUAAUAAAAUCGUAGUGAAAUACAUUAGGAAAAUGGAUUUGAUUAAGAUAUUAAACGAUCCUCGAAUCGUUGCGAAAUUCCAGCAGGUAUGCGGAGUCGAACGUUUGCCUGAACCGGAUGAUUUUGAAGAAGAGUUUGAAAAUCAGGACAAAAACCAAUUAAACAAUGGCACGUACGACAAAUACGUUAAACAAAGACAUAGUCACGAAUAUGUGCUUCAGCACAGCUAUAAGAACAAUAACAACAGAACCAAAAAGGCCGAUUUACAAAAAGAGGGCGUGCCUCCUUUCACGUCGGAUGACUCCGAUUCGGACAGUCAGUACCGGGGUAGCAAUCCUUAUAAAAUCACACCACAUAGGAUAAACAAUAAAUUUAUAUUUUAUGCAUUCAAGUUUGCAUCUUUCUUCGGAGAUGAAGCAUUUUAUUUGACGUUUUUGCCAUUUGUGCUGUGGAAUGUAGACAGUUCUUUGAUGCGAACAACAGUGUUGGUAUGGGGUAUUUCCAUGUAUAUUGGGCAGGUGGGCAAAGACAUUUUUCAAUGGCCACGUCCAACCACACAGCUUGUCAUACGGAUGGACCUAGACUUUGCCCAGGAAUUUUCAAUGCCAUCGACCCAUGCUGUAGCUGCUUCUUCAAUACCAUUUAUGAUGGCCUACAACUUCAUUUAUAGAUACCAGGUAUCCACACCACUGUUUGUAUGUUUGGCAGUUGUUUGGUGCCUCAUGACAUGUGGAAGUCGUAUGUAUCUUGGUGUUCACUCCUUACUUGACGUGAUAGUUGGCUGUCUGAUAUCUGUUGUUGUUUUUGGCACCGUGGUGCCCUUCAAGGACGAAAUUGACUGGUUCAUUCAGACAAAUCCUGCAUCACCGGUACUGAUGUUUCUACUGUGUGUCGCCUUCUCCACAGUCCUGUACCCUGCUCCGGAAAUCGGGAACCAGACGCGACCAGAUUGUGUGAAGGUAAUUGCUGCCUUAACCGGAUGCCUCAUGGGCCAAUGGGGUAACUAUUUCAACGGAAUGUCACAGGCAAUACCUCCAGAUGGUUUGUUUGAAGUUUAUCUACCGAGCUUGAAAACCAUUGCAUGUGCAAUACUGCGAUUUAUGAUCGGAGUUUUAACUGUAGCGUUAGUUAAGACUGUGGUUCAGACAUUUUCUGUGAAAUUUCUCUCCUAUAUGUUUGGUUUAGAGAAGGCAGACCGACAUCAUCCAAAAAUACAGAUUCCUUAUAGGUUUGUCACGUACAUGGCCGUUGGAAUCAUUAUCAGUUGGACUGUUCCAAUUUUACACAAUAAGUUUGGACUAGGUAGACCACAUUACUAUAUGGAAGUCCUGUAACAAUUGGCUAGCAUUAACAAGUAGCUUAGUUUGUAGUACUGAGGAUAAAAAACCUAAAUGUGAACAAAUUUUUAGUUAAUGAACAGGCAUUCUUUAUGUCAUUUUUGUUUUGUUUUCUUUGUGUCAGUAAGUCAAAAAUAUCCUGGUUAAAGUUUUGUAGACAUUCUGAUAAUAUUUAUGCUUCAAGUUGUCACAAACACUUUCCAUUUGAAGAUGUGUUAAAAUUUUCUUUGACACAAAUUUGUAACCAAGGUAGUCGAAAUCCUUUAUGAAAUAUUACAUGAAAAAUGGUCUUUAAAGCAAGAAUUUAUAUUUUAUGUCAACCAUUCCAGACUUAUCAUGAAAAGCAUUAAAUCUUACAUAUCUGGAUAUUUCUAUUAUGAUCAAAUGAAAUGUGUGUUGUACAUUUGUAAUGGACAUGUAUAAAAAUAUAUAUAAUAAUUAUGUUUGAUUAUCAACCCCCACACCCAAUAUUGGACUAUUUUUUCCUGUGUAUUUAUCCAUAUUUAAAAAUGUUAUCCUCACAUUGCAAAUAAUCAGUAAUGCCAAAAUUAUCCCUCGGUUUAAAGUGUGGCAGAUGCUGAUGGCUUUUAAUGCUAUUACAUAUACUGUAAAAGCAUAAAAAUUUUAUUUUCGCGGUGUCAGAAUUUUGCGAGUUUGAAAUUUUUUGAGUAUGUUCACGAGGUUUAACGUUCGCAAAAUCGUAAAAUAGUAUCUUAUUUGAAUUUGUUAUACAUAGAGUGAAUAUUUAAUAUGCAAGAAUUAAUUUUCGCGCAAUUUAGGGCUUUGCGAAUAUAGUGAAAAUUAAACCGUCGCGAAAUUUCUGCUUUUACAGUAUAUUUAUUUGUUAUUUGUUAUCAACCAGCAUUGAUUACAUGUAUUAAGCUUGUAAAAAUGCUAAGUAUAUGCCGGUACCUUUUAUAUCCAUUGUAUCUGAUUUAAGUUGAAGUAAUUUAGUUCACAACAGUCUUUUCUAUAGUAUCCUAUAUUUUAAGCUCAUCUGAUUUUUUGAAAAAAAAUGAUGAGUUAUUGUCAUCACUUGAGCGGUUGUCGGCGUCGGCGUCUGCGUCGGCGUUGCCUGGUUAAGUUUUAUGUUUAGGUCAGCUUUUCUCCUAAACUAUCAAAGCUAUUGCUUUGAAACUUGGAAUA